UUUUAAUGCAACCAGUGGUUGUCAUGGUUGUUGGUAAUUGUCGGUGGUUGUCAAUGAAAAACCGUUAUUCAAAAUGGAUUUGCAAAUCACCGACAAAUUUUGACUUUUUAAUAAUAGUCAACAUGUGAAAGAUUUUGAGAAUUCGAACGAAAUAUAAGAGGACUAACCCACAACCUCACUUAUGCCUAUUCAUGCAGAUAUUUCCAUUUUAAAAGUAGCAAAGGUCUCGUUCGGUCAAAAUGUUAGAAGGACUUGUAGCUUGGGUGCUGAACAAUUAUAUCGGCAAAUAUGUGGAAAAUUUAAACACAGAUCAGCUGAGCAUUGCUAUGUUAUCAGGGGAGGUUGAACUAGAAAACUUACCCUUGAAACGUGAAGCUUUGCGUCACAUUGGUCUACCAGUGGAAGUCAAGGCUGGAUUUAUUGGUAAAGUUAGAUUGCAAGUACCAGUUAGACAAAUAAGAACUGCAUCAUGGGUGAUAGGUAUUGAACAGCUUUACCUAGUUGCAGGACCAAUUAAUUUGGACGAGUAUGACAGUGAAGCAGAGGAUCAAGCAAUACUGGACUACAAACUCAGUCGUUUGGAAGCUUUGGAAGCCAGGUGGAGAGCUGACAUAGAUCAUGAUCCUGGUUAUUAUGCCUCGAGCUAUAGUUCGUGGAUGAAUUUUGGCACAUCUUUAAUAACAAAUAUCAUCGAAAAUUUACAGUUGAAUAUUAAAGAUGUUCAUAUUAGGUAUGAAGAUGGUGUUACGUUGCCUGAAGAUAAUGGCAUUGCAUUCGGUAUUAGGAUUGGAGCAUUAACUGCUCAAAGUUGCGAUGCUAGUUGGAUACCUGGUUCCACAUCAUGGAAUUUAACGGACGCGUCUUUUAAAUUAAUGGAACUCGAUAGUCUUUCUGUUUAUUGGAACCACGUGAAGAAGGAUCAACUUUUUGGUGGUCUUAAUUUAGGAGAUCUAGCUAUUGCCAUGAGCGAAUCCAAUAAUGCAAUGAAGCAGAACAUUUUAUCACCCGUGAAUGCAAGGGCGCAUAUUAAGAGAGAUCGAACUGAACGUCCAUUAAGAUCCAUUAACAAACCACGUAUCGUAGUAGACUUACUUUUGGAUGAAGUACCUUUAUCUAUAACAGAUAUUCAAUAUGAAGAAAUGGUGAAAUGUAUCAAGGAGCUUGAUCGCAUAGAUCGCCGUAAACAACAGUGGCGUUGUAGACCCGUAGUUCCCAUUAAAGAAGGUUACAGAGAAUGGUGGAGGUACGCUGCCAGGUGUCAUCUCGGCAGAGAUACGCUGAAACCUAAACCAUCGUGGGGAGAUGUGCUUGUCAGAGCCAAAGAGAACGUUCUUUAUGUUCAAGCGUACGCUAAGUUGUUAGGCACACCCACUUCAAUUUUACCUCAGGAAACGAAAACAUUGAAGGAGAAGGUUGAGCAGGAGCGGAGUUUCGAUGAACUUCGAGUGUUGAGAGAACUCGCCAUGCAAAAGACGAAACCUGUAAAAUCGCAACUGGAGUCUAACGCGAAGGUGCCGCAGGGACGCGGCAUGCUCGAGCAAUGGUUUCCGUUGUGGUGGGGCUGGUAUUCGAAGACGCCUCCCAGCAACAACGGAACGCAGAACGGAGGCAGCUCGACUACGUUCGACGGAGAACUACUUGACGUUCUGGCGGACACCAUAGACGAUGACACGCUGCUGCGUCGUGACAUGGUGUUUGGACAGUUCAACUUCGCUCUGGUGCAAGGCGCGAUAUCGCUGUGCACGGCAAAGCGCGGUGGCGACAGCACGAAAACCGUGAUAGAGCUCAAGUUCGAGAGAGUGAAUCUGAGUUAUGAUUCACGACCCAGGUCCGGAUCGCACAAGUUCUCCAUCAGUCUGGGCGCAUUGUAUCUGCGCGAUUUUCUCACGGAGAACUCUACGUUUCCCAUCCUGGUGCAGCCUCAGGUAGCGUCGAGCGGCACGUCGCGCGUCCGCAGUUUAUCGGAGAAGGAAAAGGCAACGAAGGAGACGCCGCACCAUCUGUUCGAACUGGUUUACGAAAAGCGACCGUUGCACGUGAGCACGGAUCAUUUGCUGCACGUGUACUCACAAUCCCUGGACGUCGUGUACAACUCGACUGUGAUAUACUGGCUGAUAGACUUUAUAUGCAAGCCGCACCGAUCGGCGUCGUCCAAUCAGCGUUUCCAGGCGAUGAAACGUCGCACGAGGAGGCAGCUGAUUAAAAAUUGGGAGCAGAUUCUGGACGGUGAUCUCGUGUAUCGCUCGUCGUGGGAUUUGCAGUUCAAGAUUUCGGCGCCGCAGAUCCUGUUGGUGGAGAGCUUCGUCGAUUCCAACGCCGCCGUGGUGGUGGUCGACUUCGGCAAGUUGCAUCUGUCAAACGACACGAAUCUUAAUCAGGAGAUACUGAAGACAGAGCCCGCCAUCAGCGACGACGACGAAGAAGAGGAAAGAUUCGAGACGCCUUGCUCUACUCCGCCUGGCAGCCAAGAAAACGGCUCGCUGACCGACUUUCAGUGCCUAUCUGAGACAGAGUUGCACAAGAAAUUGUACGAUCAAUACACUAUCGAUCUGGUGGAUCUGCAGAUUCUGAUGGGCAAGGCGAAAGACAACUGGAAGCACGUUCGUACGAGAGGCAUGUCAACUCUGCACUUCCUUGAGCGCUUUAACAUAUCGUUGCAAGUCGAACGACGCGUUUUCACCACAUCGGAUCCCAGCUUCCCGUCGGUCACCGUUUCGGGCAAUCUGCCGCGACUGGUGGUGCAUGUGAAUGAGCAGAAAGUGGGUGCGAUACAUUUAAUGUAUAAUUUAUUGUCGAGCUUCUCCAAGUCCGCCGAUGUCCCGCAGACGGAAGUCGUCAAUGUAGCGGAGCCUGAGAGUCCUAGAAGAGAAGAGAAUCUCGAUCGUUCGUUGAGCCACGCGGUGAUGGUGCAAUUUAUCAUCGAUCAAAUGGCCUUCGAGUUGCAAUCGAGAGGCCGCAGCGUGGCAGAGCUGCAAGUUUCCGGCGUUCAAGCGGCUCUUAGCAAAAGAAUGGCGGAUCUGAGUGUCUCCCUCUCCGUCCACGGACUACUUCUGGUUGAUGCUCUCCAAGAAUUCGGGCCCGAUUUUGAACUGCUAGUGGCCAGUCACAAGCACGUCGGCAUGGACAGCAUUUCCGGCAGCUUGAGAGACUCGGAACCAACGUCGCCGGUUUCGCCUGUAUCGCCCGAGUCGCCGGAUUCCGCGAGACCGCCACGACUGACUUCCCCCGUCGCUCUCACCAACGCACUCUCCACCUUAGUAAGCAAAGGCAAGGUUUUGCACUCGCCUAGGAAUAGCUCGGCGGUCGGCUUGGAAAAAUUAGACUCGGAGGCGCUGAUUGUCCUGGAGCUGACAUUGGUGAACGAUCCCACGGAGAAUCUGAGAAUGGCGAACAUACAAUUCAACAAUCUCGACAUCAUAGCCAAUCAGGAGACGAUAGUAGAAUUACUCGGCUUCUUCCGACGAAUUUUGCCGCUGCAGAAAUCGCGAUCGGCGCAUAUCGCGAACCUGGACGACUCCGCGGCGAAUCAAAGCACGGAGACGAAAUUGACAUCGACGAGAACGGAGAUCACCUUCGAUUUUCACCGCUUGAACGUGCUUCUUUUGCGCGCGGUUGUGCAAGACAAUCAUUUGGUGGGGCAGAAGAUCGCAACGGCGACCAUGACGGACGCGCGCAUACAGGCGACCUUAGCCGCGGACACGUCGAUCUCAGGCUCUCUCGGCGGAGUGCAGGUUCUCGAUCAGACGCCGACCGGAAAGACGCAUCAACGAAUAAUCAGCGUGGGUAGAGAUCCGCUGGCGGAUCCACCGCAGCAUCCGCUCGAGCAUUUCAGCGGUCUGCCCGAUCAACAACCGGAGGCGUUCCGAUUCAUGGCCAGCCGCAGCACCAGGCAGGCCAGCGACGAGGAUUGCUGCGCGGAGAUUGACCUCGAUCUCACGAUACGCGUGGCCAGUGUCUGGUACACUCACGCGCCGCACUUGAUAUCGGAAUUGCGCUCGUGUGCCGACGAGUUCAAGCAGUACCUGAGCAACUUUGCGCGUCAGAUCAGCGCGGCCGCCACCGAUAUGGCGAUCGGCUUAGUGAACGCCGACGACUGGUCGAUUCCGCCGCGCAAACGCUUGCCGAGCAUCUCCGCGCUCGACGUGGAUACCGCGAACACGCUGUCGUUGAGGCUGGACGUGCUGCUGGAGAGCCCGGUGCUCGUGAUACCGCGCUCCUCCCACAGCAAACAAGCAUUCGUGGCGCAUCUGGGCACGAUGUCGCUGCGCCACGAGCCUCAUCUGGAAUCCAUGGCGAAGCACAAAGUCACAUUGGAGGUGCGCGACAUGAAUCUUUAUUCUCUCGAGAUGUCCGCCCACACCGGACAGACACAGAGCAAUCUGCCGAUGCGAGCCGACGAGAUGUACUCGUGCAAGGAAUCCGGCAAACCGAUACUGCACGAUACGACGCUGAAGAUCCUCGUGGAGAAGCAGAACACUUUGACGCAGAGCACGAGCUUUCUUCUCGACGGCGGCGACUUCACGAACAAUAGUCCGCCGAUCGUGCAGGUGCACGGCGCCGUGAUAACGCCACUGAGAGUGUCCUUGUCGCGCGGCCAGUACGAGCAGUUGCUUGACACGAUUCACCGAUUAUUUUCCAUGCCCGCUGUGACAGCGACGGCCGCGGUCGCGGAAUACGAUGAUCCCGACGGAGUGUCCGGCUACUCGGAGAAGCUGGAUCUCUGCGUGAAGGUCUCGUUCGAGCUGCCGACCUUCAGCGUGCAGUUGAAGCAGGCGCAUUCGGAGCAGCCGUUAGUGGAGCUGUCGAUGCGCGAUUUCGUCGUGAAAUACGAGAAGCUGUACCGAAACGAGUCGAACGUGCAGGUCGCGCUGCGCUCUCUUCUGAUGGAAGAUCUGCUGUGCCCGGUCGGCUCGCGACAUCGCUACAUGAUGCAGUCGUCGGCGCCCGCGCGCGCGAAAUUGUCCACAUGUGCCUCGAAAUCCUGUCCGGAUCUCGCGUUCGCGCGGCAGUACAAGAAUGCCUUCGGUCGCGGUAGUUUGCCCGAUCGAUUGGAGACCGACACUUUGUACGGAGCGAUUCCGGCGCACUGGCGCAGGAAGCCGACGAUCUCGUCGGCCGACACGCCGAACACGCCGCCGCCAUCACCGGGCGGUAUCACCAGCGAAGAGAAUCUGGUGCUAUUGAGCAUCACGAUGACACGGCCCGAGGAGAACGGCUGCGUCGUCCCACCGGAAGAUCGGUUCCAUCGCAAAAUGGUAACCGUGGACUUCAAUUGUCUGGACUUAGUGAUAAGCGUGGAGUCGUGGAUGGUGGUGUUUGACUUCUUUGGAAUUGCAGGCCUAUCCGGGACAGCGAGUAGCGAAAUCUCCGCGCAUCGAGCCACGCCGGACAGCGAUCGCACGGGCUCGAGCAAGGCAGACGACGACGAUCUGCCGGCGAGAUCGGAAACGGAGAUAGAAGUGAGAUCGCUGACGCUGGUGCUGACGCAAAUGGAGCGCGAGAUCGCGAAGGCGAAUGUGUCCAACGCCAGCAUGCACAUUCUCAAAGCGGAAGACGGCAAAACGAAGAUCUCGGGAUCGCUUGGCUCGAUGUCGCUGCUAGAUUUGACGCCGCACGGCCGUUUCUACCGCGAGAGAUUCCUGUCGUCCGGCAGAAAGGCGCUCAACUUCCAAUAUUCGAGCUACGCCGACUGCGAGGACCGGCCGCACGACGCCAGACUCAAGCUGGAAAUGUCCGCGGUGCACUACGUUCACACGCAGAGAUUCGUGGCGGAGCUGCAGGCAUUUUUCGGCCACUUUUCGCAAUUAUGGAGCAUUAUGCGAAAUCUACGCACUGGCGCCGGCGCUAUUAUAGAUAUGAACAAACGCGGCACGCGACUGUCGUUGGAAUUGCAUGCUGGCGCGCCGGUAAUACUGCUGCCGGUGAGCUCCAGGUCCGACGAGUUGAUUUUACUAGAUUUGGGCGAGCUCACGGCGCACAACAGAUUCGAUACCUCAACGAUCGUUCCGGAAUGCCUGCUGGACGUGAUGCUGCUCGAGCUGCUCAACAUGGAUGUGUACGCGGCGCGGCGGCUGAGUUACGACGCGAGCCUGAACGAAGACGUGGAUGCCCUGAUGGUCGCCGGCUUCCUCGUGAAGAAGAUGGGCUCCUCGCUGCUCACAGAAAAGUGUCACCUGAAGCUGCGCGUCGAGCGGAAUCUUGAUACUUACAUCAGCCGCGACAUACCCGAUCUCAGUAUACACGGUAUACUGUCGACGAUGGACUGCGCUCUAGAUCCGGCGCAAUAUAUGCUGAUUCGUGGUCUUCUGUCUUACAACAUCAGCGAGAAUCUGGAUGAUCUGCGCCUUUUUGUCCAGGAUCUGAAUCACACGGUAGAGUACGCAAUUCCGGCGGACAAUCGCGCGAAAACGUGGACUCGAUCCUGCAUAAUUCUCGAGCUGGUGAAUGUGACGGUAAAACUGCAUCCGAGUCACAACAUCGCAGCGCUUGCGUGCGUCAAUUUCAUCAAAUCUCGAUUAACGCUGGACUCGCUGAGCGACGGCUCGCAGGAUAUCGAUCUGGUGUCGCAGGAGAUCUUGAUUACGGACACGCGUUUCGCGAACGAGCCGAUCGACCGGCGGUGCAACGUGUUCACGCGGAUUCUGCAACCGUUGAGGAGCUCGGCCGACGUUAUCGAGGCCGCGGAAGACCGCGUGCAAGCCGAGGUGCAUCAUCGAAAGCGCAAGGCUUACUCGGCAACCACUAUUCUGCUGCACAGCAUGCGAUUGACCGCCAUUCUGGACUGGUGGGAAGCUGUACGAGACUUUCUGCUGCUGAACUCGCCGGCGCCAGAUCCUGUACCAGGAAUCGCACAAGUGUUAAUUAUCAAUAAAGAAGCGGAAACUGCCGAAACCGCUGCCACUGCCGUCGCCGUGCCGUUCGUGCUGAAAAUCAACAUUACGGACUCCGAACUGGUUAUCGUCGAAGACACCGCCAUUUCUGACACUAAUGCUGUAAUUCUGAAGACCACCGCUGUCCUGUCAUACCGUUCGACGCCGAGAGACGGCGAGAAACCGCUCUCCUGCAACCUCUCGCAUUGCGAGCUGUUUUCUUGCAUUUUAGGCCAAGAGAACGAGACCGCCUUGUCGAUCAUUGAUCCGGUCGGAGCGAGUCUCGAUCUGACACAAAACAAGUGCCUGGAAAUCCAACUGCAACCGCUGUGCGUGAGAUUAAGUUACCACGAUGUGACUAUGUUUUCCAGAAUGCUGAGCUCGCUUCCUAAGCAGACUUUGUGGGCGAAGCAACGGUCGAGCGAAGCGGCGGCAGCGAUAGCAGAGUGCGGCCAAGUAAUGGACGAUCAGGUGUUGAAACUGAUCAGCUUGGGCUUCGCCGAGGCCGACUGCAAGAUCGCGUUGGAUUACUGCGACGGUCAACUAGACGACGCCGCUCUAUGGCUGACGCAAAACGCGAUGCCGACGAGUCCUGCAGCGGCCGUGGCGAACGACGGAUCGGUCUUCCGUACCGUAGAAUUACAAGCAGCCUGCAUGCGGAUCUGCAUUAUCGAUGAUUGCCGCGACGCGGAUGUGCCGCUGCUGGAGAUCACGCUGGCGGAUUUCAGCAUGCGGAAGGUAAACCAGCAGCCUGGCUUGCUGUCGGCCGUCUUCGGCGUGGAUUAUUAUAACCGAGUGCUCAGCGGCUGGGAACCGUUCGUCGAACCGUGGCGGGCAAACAUUCAAUGGGAGCAGAGGAUCACCAGCUCGUUCGAUCCGCGGAGACUCUACGUAUCCAUCGAUUCUCAGGAUUCCGUGAAUGUUAACGUCACUCUAACAUUAGUGGAGCUCGUGCAACUAGUCAAACACAAUUGGACGCAGGAUUAUUAUUUAUCGAACGGCGGCACAGCCGCUGGCAGACCGGCGAUAAGAGGUCAACUGUAUCGACGCCGAUCGCCCUUUAUACCUUUCGCCUUGAAGAACGACACCGGCUGCAGACUUUGGUUCAAAACAUUCAUCGCUACUACGGACGACACAAUAGAUGUCGAUAAAUCAUUGUCUCAAGCGAAAAACGUCUCGAACAAGGACGACACAUGGAUAGAAGUGUCUCCGGGAGAUACAACGCCGUUUACCUUCGAAGAGAGAGGCAAGCUAAGGCAUCAUGCGACACAUAUCGUUAGGAGACACCAGAUCGCAGUUCUCGUCGAGGGAUGGAAAGCGGUAGAUCCCGUAACCGUCGAUCGCGUGGGUAUUUAUUUCCGGCACGCGAACGCUGACACUGUCGAAUCAAAGUUUCAAGUACUCACACCGAAAGCUAGAGUCGUGUUUGCCGUCGAGCUGGAGGGAUCCGCCAGGAAGUUGGUCACCGUUCGAUCAGCUCUUCAAAUAUCCAACAAGCUAGCUCAUCCAAUCGAGAUCAAGAUGGAAAAAUCGUUGAAUCAGCUUGGAUAUUUGCCGUUGACUUCGACCAGCACCGGGCGAAUUCUGCAAGUGCCGGCGCAGUCGGUGAUAUCUGUGCCUCUGACGCACACCGGAGUGCAGAUGUGCUUCAAACCGUUUAUCUCAAACUACUUGUUUCAAUAUUGCACGGAAUCGGUAGACUGGACGAUAGUUAAGAAGCCACUGGAAGUGACGGAGAAUUACAUUACUUGUCGAACCAAUCAGAACAAUAUAUUCAGAAUGUGCGUAGCCGUAAGACGAAACAAUUAUCCUCUUGACGGCAUACAAGUGUUGCCAGCGCACAUGAUUACAGUAAUGGCUCCUGUAACGCUGACAAAUUUGUUGCCAUACGAGUUGAUGUACGAAGCAGGUGUGGAAGGUGGCAGAAUCGCACCCGGCAGCAGCGCGGACUUGCAUUGCGCCAAUUUGAAUGAGCAACUGGAGAUUACGAUUACAUUGGACGGUUAUCCGAUAUCUGGAACGAUAACACUGCCACCGAACAGCUGUUCUUACACUGGCCGUAUAAAACUGCUAGAUCCUGCAACUAGGAUGCUCUGUUUGCAAGCAGCUGUCGUCGUAGAGAAAGGUUCAGCUGUGCAGAUGAAUAUCACCGCGCCUUAUUGGAUCAUAAACAAAACCGGCUUGCCGUUAGUGUUCAGGCAAGAGGGAGUCGGCAUUGAGGCAGCAGGACAAUUCGAGGAGCACGAGAGAGCGAGAAUGGUAGCGCCGUUGUUAUUUUCAUUCAGCGACGAGGAAGCGAGCAGAACUUUGUCAGUAAGAGUUGGCACCGAGGUGCAUCCUUACGGAAUACCGCAGUGGUCUCAACACUUUCAUCUGCAGCCUGGAAUUCACGUUCAUCGCCUAAGAAUUAGUCUGCGCGAUGGCAGACCUGACAUAGUGUAUCUGAUUAGCGUGGCUACUCGAGCGGCAAGAGGAAGAUACAGAGCUACUACAGUAGUCACGCUAUCGCCUAGGUAUCAGUUGCACAACAAAUCGUCUUGUACAUUGGAGCUGGCUCAGAGAUGUUUCACGACGACUGUUUUUCAUCCGGAUGCCCAGGCAACUUAUAUAACGACUAUGCCCGACUGCCACAUGCCCUUCCAUUGGCCACGACUGGAUAAAGAUCUAUUACUUUGCGUCAGAAUUACUAAUGUUCCGGAUUGCAUGUGGUCAGGCGGUAUGAGGCUAGACGACAAUUACUCGUUGACUAUUAACGUCCGGGACGUAACGGGGAAGAUGCAUUUCCUACGAGUGGACGUAGUGUUGCAAGAGACCACUUACUUCAUCGUAUUCACCGACGCUGAUACUAUGCCGCCGCCUAUAAGAGUGGACAAUUUCUCGGAGGUUCCUUUGCUUGUUAAUCAGAUUGGGAUUCCCGAUAAUCUACAAUGGACGGUGAGACCGCAUUCGUCGGUGCCGUACGCCUUGGAUGAACCGAUACAAGCCGCCGGUUUAGUACUGACAGCACCUGGAGGCGUGACAGCGUCUUAUGACUUAAAUGUGCUCGGAGAAGGCAGAGGAUUGACCUAUGAAAAUUUCAUUUACAUUGCGUUUACAGGCACCUUCAAAACUGAUUCCGAUCUCGGAAAUGGCGAAAGCGAUCUGGAUCCUCUGGAUGUGGAAACUCAGAGAUUGGUCCUAGAAGCUGGUGCCGGCGGCUGGGUCGCUCUUCGAAGGAAACAGUACGGCGACAGGGCGCAACUUUGGAGGAUGACAGGCGACGGACAAUUACAGCACGAAGGCUCGAGUCCACCGAGAGACAAGCACUCGAAAACCCCGGACACGAUAUACGUUUUGGAUAUAGCGGGCACGGCGCCGCAACCGUUUACAUAUUGCGCUCUCGCCUUGAGGAAGCCGGAUCCUAGGCGAAGAUCGACGCAGACUUGGCGAUUCACUGACGACGGACGUCUAUGUUGUGCACAUAAGAAUAUGUGCGUUCAGUCAAAAGACGGCUUUAUGGGACUGUGCAAAGGCGGCAGUGUUGCCCGUUGGCAAAUGUGGAGCGAGGCUGUACUUGGUCCAACGCACGAUCUUAGUUCACCCCCGAUCGAACAGCGAGUGGGUAGACAAAAGUUACGGCCCGGUUCUGGAUUCUUAUCGAUCAGAGUGACCACUGACGGUCCGACUCGCGUUUUGCAAGUUCUGGACAUAAAAGAGAGGAAGAAAACGUUCGCCUUACUCGAGGAACGCGAUUGGUCGCACAUCGCCGUGAGUCAUCGACCGAUUCAGAUCGACGCCGACGUCCAGAAAUUAGAUUCUAGCGAAUUAGAUUUGAAGCUGGAUCUGCCGUCCGGACUUGGACUGUCCAUCGUGUCGCAGAGACCGGUGGAAGAAUUGUUGUUCGCGCGACUAGCUGGAAUCUCCCUUAACCUAGUGCAGACUCCGUUCAACACCAUGUUGGAUCUGAGCGUCGCCGACGUACAAAUCGAUAAUCAACUGUUCGAAGCACAGUGCACGUCUGUUUUAUUUGUGUCGCGAUUAUCCCGUACAGAGGACGAGUUCCGACCUGCGCUUCACGUGGCUGCCGAGAAACUGCAGUCGAAAAAUCAGAACGCCGAGAUAUACAAGCAUGUCAUAGUGAGCGUGAAGCCCUUAUGCAUGCACUUAGAAGAGAAAUUUAUCUUAAAAUUAGCAGCUUUUCUCGGAAUUGGCAAGUCGGAGAUGGAAGUUCCAGUCGACGAGAAUGAUUUCAAAGCACAACGAUUUAUCUCCGAAGUGUCCGCCGCGCACGCCAAAAGAUAUUACUUUGGCGCUCUGAAACUCGUUCCUAAUCAAGUGAAACUUAGUGUGCUUACCACAACAAAAUUACCGCAUCAUCUGCAGGCUGUAAAAAGGAAGUUGGGCUUGACUUUGAUUAACUUCGAGAACGCUACUAUCGAAUUGGAGCCGUUCGUCAAGAAGCAUCCUUUCGAGAGUAGCCAGUUCUUGGUGCAUUCUAUCGUGAAGCAUUACAAAGAUGAAUUGAAAUGGCAAGCUGCGGUUAUUCUAGGUUCCGUAGACUUCUUAGGAAAUCCGCUCGGAUUUAUGAACGAUGUGACGGAAGGCGUUUCCGGGCUCAUCUACGAAGGCAGUGUGAAGAGUCUAGUGAAAAACGUGACGCAUGGUAUUUCGAAUUCGGCAGCGAAAGUGACGGAGUCUUUGUCGGACGGUUUAGGAAGGGUGAUCAUGGACGAAAGGCACGAAGAGGCCCGGCAGAGGAUCCGGGCGAAUACUACGGGCAGCAGUGAUCACUUAGUGGCCGGUUUGAAAGGUUUCGGCUUUGGUUUAUUAGGCGGUGUCACUAGUAUAUUCAAACAGACAUACGACGGUGCGACUAGCGAAGGUUUUCCGGGCUUCUUUGCGGGUUUCGGAAGAGGAGUAGUCGGCACAAUCACAAAACCCGUUGUCGGGGUUCUAGAUCUAGCAACGGAGACGGCUAGUGCUGUACGAGAGACAAGCAGAAGCGCUCAUCGUGCUAUACCAAAGCGCGAUCGACCGCCGCGCGUCGUCAGUGGUUCCACCGGAUUACUGCCGCCGUACAAUCGUCAGCAGGCUGAGGGCCAGGAGUUCUUGUACAGCAUCAACAAUCGUGAUUACUCCGAGCUCUUCGUGGCUUACGAAUGUCUGUGCAGCGGUUCGGAGAAUCUCAAGGUGCUCGUGUCCAACGAGCAAGUGCGCGUCAUCUCUGGCGGUACAAAGGCGGUGGUGACUCAAGUCAAUUUGGCGGAUCUUCUGCGUUGCCAACCGAUGCAGAAGCCGCAAAGCAAUAACGUCACCCUGUAUUACAUAGAGCUGAUAUCCAGAUUUGAUUCCUCGGCCGCAGUUAAUUUAGACGGAGUAGCCGAACUGUUGAGACGGCCGAAAGUGCGCUGCGACAACGAGGAGGUAGCAAAACGCGUAUCACAACAAAUCAAUUAUGCCAAAGGAAUGCACGAAGAACGCAGUCUAACGUUAUCAUCGUCGGAUAAUAUGCUGGAUGACGUAGAAUACUACAAGUAAUCGCACUCAGGUAGAUCGUGCGAGUUUGGGAGUUCGAUCUAUGACACACGUUCUUUGACGAACUAGUCAAAUCUUUAUCUUCGUAGAGUGCACGAUCGAUAAUACUUUCGUUACGACGCUUAAUUUUAAGUUUACAAAAAGACUGAUGUGAAGUAACUAUCCGCCGACACACAAAGCGUAUAAUUCGAGCGUAAUCCAAAUUCUGCUUUCGCGUCUUGCAAUUGUCGCGCACAGUUAGCACAGAGACUUUUGAUACAGAUCGGUAAGAUGUAAAAACGUAAAAUAGAUGUAGAUGAGGAACUGAAGAUUUUCUAACGAUGUACAUACGAUGUAUACGUCGGUUCCUUAAUAUCGCAUAUACAACGUUCUGCGCGUGUACAAUGUUCUAAAUCGUUUCAAUGAGGCUUUAGAUUCAAUUUUUGAAUGAAGACUUAAUAGAACAUCAUCAGUUGUUGUGAGCUUUUAAUCUGUAUCAGGCAGCUACAAAUUUUAUUAUAUACUUUGAUUUUUAAAUGCCUAUAACUCCAAGUUUCGAAAUAGAUACCAUUUUUUUCGCGAUAUUAACUUGGCCUUUGUAACUAGACACAUUGUACAUAUUUAUGUACAUAUGUAUAUCAAAGUUAAUAAUUAUUUACGAAAGAGUGAUCUACUUAAUGCAAUAUUAGAGAAGCAAUUAAACCAAAGCUUUUAGUAUAUUUCUUUACAUUUUAGUAAGUACAGAGGUAUUAUGGGGCAUAUUUAUUUUUGAUGCACGUUUUUUUAAUAGUACAUAUUUCUUUUGCUUUAAUCACUUACGUCUUGUAGUAUCUUAACAUGCUAUUUUGUACAAAAAUAAUGUAGAUUCUCCUAUGUAUUUGUAAGUGUAACAAAAGCGUGUAAAGUGUACAAAUAGAUUAAGCUAGUUAUAUUUAAGUACUUUUGUAAAGCAGAGAAGCAUGCAAAAAUAACAUAUGUUUGUAAAAUAUCAUGUUGAAAUCUGUUAAGCGAAUUAAUAAAUGUUAUAUCUAUAA